UCAUGGGUUGCUGAAAAUAGCAAUUGCUUUGUCUUCUCUCUCAUGUUUGCCAUAUCUGUUGUUGUUAUUGCUUGCCCUUGUGCCCUUGGUUUGGCAACACCAACUGUUGUGAUGGUAGCGACUGGAAUUGGGGCUAAUCAUGGAGUACUUGUAAAAGGCGGAGAUGCUUUGGAGAGAGCUCAAAAUGUAAAUUAUGUGGUUUUUGAUAAAACAGGGAAACUAACACAAGGAAAGGCUAUUGUAACAGCUGCAAAGGUUUUUCCGGGAAUGGACCUAGGAGAUUUCCUCACGCUAGUUGCAUCAGCAGAGGCAAGCAGUGAGCAUCCUCUUGCCAAAGCUAUUUUGGACUAUGCAUUGCAUUUCCAUUUCUUUGGCAAGCUUCCUUCAUCAAAAGAUGGCAUUGAGCAACGAAAAGACAAGGUAUUAUCCCAAUGGCUGCUUGAAGCUGAAGACUUCUCUGCAGUACCUUCCAUAUCCCUUUUAAUUUACAUUGUCUGGGCUGUUGUAUAUGGCAUGUUAUGUACAAUUGUUAUCUGA